AUACUCGCCAAGGCCGAGUUUCUCAAUCCGGGGGGGAGCGUGAAGGAUAGGGUGGCACGGCAGAUGGUGCUGGAAGCACUGAAAAGUGGCCAGCUGAGGCCCGGGGGACUCAUUACCGAGGGCACAGUAGGCAGCACCGGCGUGAGCCUUGCCAUG